AUCAAACUAAACACAACCGGACGGCACACUCGUAUGUAAUUAUUUUGUUACGGACUUCUAAAAAAACCCACAGCGUUAAUGAAAUGGAAGCAAAGAAAAAUAAAAUCGGAAAUAAGAAGUUUCCUAAAAAUGCCUUAUCGUUUUACAUAAAACUAUAUUGUAAACACAAAGGUUCAUCUAAAAGUAAGUAUCAAUCUUUAUUAUUGGAAGCAACAAAGUCCUGGCUCUCUUUGAGUGAAGAAGAAAAACUCCAACUUAACAAAACAUACAAAGUCAGUGAACAUAAGUUCAAGCAACAGUUAUUAGACAAGUUAGCAAAUGCUGAACCUUUCAUGAAAAUUAAGGAUGAACCAAGGUUUCUAACUGGUGACACAAAUAGAAGCAAUACAAUUGUUGAGACGUCUGAAGGGUGUACUUCUGAUGUACAUGAGGAUAUUGAAUCGCAUAAACAAAAUGAAAAUGCUGAAGAGAUCAACUUAGGCUGUGAUGAAGAGUCAUCAACUUAUAGUGUUCAGCAGUGUGUGGAGAAUGACAAUGAGACUAUAGAGGAAACAGCGAAUAGUAAUGAACAAGGCCCCAGAAUAUUUAUACCAGAACCACUACCUCCUACCCUUAAGAACAGCAAAGAUUUAUUUUAUAUGCUCAAUUCAGCGGACGCAGACAGCAACGUGUCUUGGACGACAUUACCAGCUUCGGAAAAAAACGAAUACAGACGUGCAGUGUUAUUGGUGAAAAAGGAUUACAUUACGAAAUACAGAGAGUUCUUAGAAAGUUUAUCCUCUAGAGAGUUAUUUGAUCACUAUAAUAAAACAUUGUUUUAACGAUCUA